AUGGUGUACAUCCGGCAAAAGUACCUCCCAAACCUCCGCAACUACAAGUACGCUGGUGUCGACCACUCGCCUGUUAGUCGGUACAUCCUCAAGCCGUUCUAUAACAAAUGUGUCAUCGGAUGCUUCCCCAUGGAGAUGGCACCCAAUGCCAUCACCCUCACUGGAUUCAUGUUCGUCGUCCUUAAUUUCAUCACUGUCAUGUGGUACAACCCGAAUCUCGACACGGAUUGUCCGACGUGGGUUUAUGUCAGUUGCGCGCUGGGCUUGUUCUUAUACCAGACCUUCGAUGCCGUAGAUGGCAUGCAGGCACGGAGGACGAGACAGAGCGGACCUCUUGGAGAGCUUUUUGAUCACAGUGUCGACGCAUGCAACACCGGACUCGGCGUGCUGAUCUUCGCAUCGGUAAUGAACCUCGGCCAGGGCUGGAUGACAUUUAUCACAUUAUUCGGAUCAACCAUGACCUUCUACGUCCAAACCUGGGAUGAAUUCUACACGCAAAUCCUAACCCUAGGCGUUAUCUCCGGCCCUGUCGAAGGCCUCCUGACGAUCUGCACCGUGUACGCCUUCACAGCCUACGUAGGCGGCGGCAGUUUCUGGCACCAGCCCAUGCUGGAAACAUUCGGCAUCUCAAAGCCAAGCUUCCUCUCGACGACACUAUACGAAAUGCCCUUCACGCAGUGGUACCUAGUUUACGGCGCCUUCGUACUCUUCUUCGCCACCAGCUCGAGCAUCAUGCAUGUAAUGCAGGUGCGUCGCGAGCGCGGCCAGGACCCCUUUGCCCCGCUGUAUGGUCUGCUGCCCGUGGCUGUUAUCUGGACGCUUGUGCCAGCAUACCUGUAUCUGCAGCCCGCUAUUCUGGAGAACUAUACCAUUCCCUUUGGACUGUUUGUUAGUCUGGUCAAUGCUUACUCUGUCGGUCGGAUGAUCGUCGGGCAUCUCGUUCAGUCGGGGUUCCCUUAUCAGAAUGUGUUGUUGUAUCCGCUUGCUCUGGGAGUUCUUGAUAGUGCUGGUGCGCUGGUUGGGUUGUGGGAGACUCCUGUGCUUGGCUAUGGUGUGGGACAAGUGGCUUUUGUUUUCGCUUGUCUGGGUCUAGCUGUUGGUGUUUAUGGCAGCUUUGUGUUCGAUGUCAUCACUACGAUAUGUGAUUACAUUGAUAUCUGGUGCCUUACCAUCAAGUACCCGUUCACUGAGGAGACCGAGCACAAGAACGGUACGGCGAAGAAGACUAAGUAG